CAAAGCCCUGGACGGGGAGACACAAAUGGUGGGCCCACUUAGGCCUAAGAAACCCCAGGUCAGACAGCAUUCGAGAAGAACAGGCAAGGCCUUGGGAAACAGGCCAAAACUGUUUAACCCUGACACAGUCAUCUGCUCAGUAUAGAGGUGAGUGGGGGGGAUUCCAGGAACCCCUGAGCUCCCUCACCUUAGCUGAACCUACUGGGAGACAGGGCCCCCUACACCUACCUUGAGCACCAAUCCCGUAGUAGGGCUACUCCACCGAGCCUCUACCUCCAACACCAGCAGGGGUGGCUUUCAAGAGCCCCCCACCCCCCAGGCAGACUUUGGGGCAGACAGAGUGCCCCUCCCCUGCUCCACCCGCAUCCAGAGGAGCUUCUGUUGCCCAGCACGAGAGGGUUAAAGGAGCCAGAGUGUGGGGCAGGGCCAGCUAAGGGCUGCCAGCUACAGGCAGUGGGGAAAUCCACUGGGCAGCAGCCUGUGCGGUAGAUGGCCCUUGCUCACCGCCUGCCUGCGGCCAGCUCUGUACAAGGAACGAUGGCCCCAAGGACAGGAAGCCCAGCCCUGGUGGUGCUUCUGGCUUUCUGGGUGGCACUGGGCCCCUGCUACCUGCAGGGGACAGAUCCUGGAGCAUCAGCGGAUGCCGAGGGCCCCCAGUGCCCUGUCACCUGUACCUGCAGCUAUGAUGACUACACAGAUGAGCUCAGCGUCUUUUGCAGUUCAAGGAACCUCACUGAGCUGCCCGAUGGCAUCCCGGUCAGCACCAGGGCCCUGUGGCUUGACGGGAACAACCUGUCCUCCAUCCCAUCAGCCGCCUUCCAGAACCUGUCUAGCCUGGACUUCCUCAAUCUGCAGGGCAGCUGGCUGAGGAGCCUGGAGCCACAGGCACUGCUGGGCCUGCAGAACCUCUACCAUUUGCACCUGGAACGGAACCUGCUUCGGAGCCUAGCUGCAGGCUUGUUCAGACACACCCCAAGUCUGGCUUCGCUCAGUUUGGGCAACAACCUCCUGGGUCGGCUGGAAGAAGGGCAGUUCCGGGGCCUCAGUCACCUUUGGGACCUCAACCUGGGUUGGAACAGCCUGGUGGUCCUGCCUGACACAGUGUUCCAGGGCCUGGGGAACCUCAGAGAGCUGGUGCUUGCUGGCAACAAACUGACUUACCUGCAGCCCGCGCUCUUAUGUGGCCUGGGCGAGUUGCGGGAGCUGGACCUGAGCAGGAAUGCCCUCCGCAGCGUCAAAGCGAAUGUCUUUAUACAUCUGCCCAGGCUUCACAAGCUCUACCUGGACCGCAACCUCAUCACGGCUGUGGCCCCCCGUGCCUUCCUGGGCAUGAAGGCGCUGCGUUGGCUGGACCUGUCACACAACCGCGUGGCUGGCCUCCUGGAGGACACCUUCCCUGGCCUGCUGGGUCUGCAUGUCCUGCGCCUGGCACACAACGCCAUCACUAGCUUGCGGCCGCGUACUUUCAAAGAUCUACACUUCCUGGAGGAACUGCAGCUCGGCCACAAUCGUAUCAGGCAGCUAGGCGAGAAGACGUUUGAGGGCCUGGGGCAGCUGGAGGUACUGACGCUCAAUGACAAUCAGAUCCAUGAGGUCAAGGUGGGCGCCUUCUUUGGCCUCUUCAACGUGGCUGUUAUGAAUCUCUCUGGCAACUGUCUGAGGAGCCUCCCCGAGCGGGUGUUCCAGGGGCUGGGCAAGCUGCACAGCCUGCACUUGGAGCACAGCUGCCUGGGCCGCAUCCGCCUGCACACUUUCGCUGGCCUCUCAGGGCUGCGCAGGCUCUUCCUCAGGGACAACAGCAUCUCCAUCAUCGAAGAACAGAGCCUGGCAGGGCUCUCGGAGCUCCUGGAACUCGAUCUUACCACCAACCAGCUCACGCAUCUGCCCCGCCAGCUUUUCCAGGGCCUUGGUCAGCUGGAAUAUCUGCUUCUCUCUGACAACCAACUGACAAUGCUCUCCGAGGAUGUCCUGGGCCCUCUGCAGCGGGCCUUCUGGCUGGACCUCUCACACAACCACCUCGAGACCCUGGCUGAAGGGCUUUUCUCAUCUCUGGGGCGGCUUCGCUACCUCAACCUCAGGAAUAACUCCUUGCAGACUUUCGUGCCCCAGCCCAACCUGGAGCGCCUGUGGCUUGAUGCCAACCCCUGGGACUGCAGCUGUCCCCUCAAGGCGCUUCGUGACUUUGCCCUACAGAACCCUGGCGUUGUCCCUCGCUUUGUUCAGACUGUCUGUGAGGGAGAUGACUGCCAGCCGAUGUACACCUACAACAACAUCACUUGUGCUGGCCCCGCCAACGUCUCAGGCCUUGACCUCCGAGACAUCAGUGAAACACUCUUUGUACACUGCUGACCCUGGCUCCUUACUGGCCUGGUCUGGCCGAACACUGCCUUAUGGCCAGGAUAGUGUCUGUUACCAGAAUAAGCUGGCUCUGGAAGACUUACCAUCUUAGGGGAUAGGUCAUGGCUGCUCACUUCCUGGAUGCAGGGCAGUACUGGACGCUAUGUGGCCUAAAUAGGGUGGGCACAGGCCAAGUGCCCGAGGGCCCAAAGGCGGGGAGGUGCUCAGCGGCACACCCUGCUGGCAACAAUUAAAGUGAAUACUAAGCAUA